UGAGAGCUGGCUGUUUUCAGAUGACUUCCAGACAUGUGCCGAGUUUAUGGCCUAUAAAAAGCCAAACAUCACCAGCAGUGUACUUCAUUUGCAAACAAACCAGCGUUUCAUGUGCUACAGAGGCAGAAAAAAAAGUCUAUGUUCCAGAGUGGAGCAUUAUUUGGUGUUGAAAUCAGAUUUAGAGGCAUCAUCCUUGUGUCUUAUGCUCACUGAGGUCGCUGAAUUUUGUGCAGCAGGUCGUCAAGCAUUGUUAAAUUGCAGGUCGUGCUGUUUAGAUUUCUAACGCUCGACAUGAGCGACAAGUUUCACGGUGAGCUGACUCAGAGGGAGCAGGAGUUGCUGAAAAUGCGGAGAGACAGUGACACUAAGGCCGCCGAACUUGCCAAGAUGGAGAAGAUGCUGCAGCAGACCAAGAACCUGUUGGACAAGAAGAAAGAGUCUAGUUCAGACAGCAUGGGCUACCAGGAGAACAUGGUGGAGGACCUGGAGGAAAAGGUGCGCUCCAGCAGACGGUACAGGAGGAACUCCCUCCAUCACACACAGAUGCUGGAGAGCCAGAUGAAGACUGUGAAAGGUGAGCUGGUGGGCACGCUGGACCACCUUCAGGAGCUGAGGAACGUCUUGCGCCGUUCCCAGCAGAAAGCCGAAGAGCGCAAAGCCACGAUGGAGAAGCUGGCGGCGGGGCUCAGGUGAAGCAUCUGUCUGCGGCUGCUUUCGAUUCGGAUCAAGGUUUUGACCUUCCUGAUGUCUUACAUCCUGCCAACGAAGAUGUCUAGAGUUUACAUUUAACAAGACCACACCCAUAAGCUGGUUAAAUGGAAGAAGAAAGAGACUUUGAGCUACUGUGCUGGUCCUCACUCUGUUGUUUGGCAUCCAAAGACUAAAUUUAAAAGACGAUCCAUGGUAUUUCACAACCUGCCAAAAAAUAUUUUUUCCCUCUAUUCCCCAUUUUUUUUGUCCUGCUCUUAUUAAUCUCAUAUUUUGAAGGCUUGAACAUGCUUCUCUGUGUCUUCUGGCAACAAUCUGAAGAUGAUUAUAUAAAUGCUGCUGCUUAUACAAGUGGGAAAGCCACAGAACAGUUUUGAAACUAUAUUAAAUCACACAUACAGUGUUCCAUAUUUCUGCAAUGUUCUUUUACCUUUUCAGUUCUGAAAUAUGGAGAUUGCACUUGUAUGAGAUCUCAGCGGCAAUAAUGAACAUUAUUCAUCCCCUAAAAAUAUAUCCUGAGCAGCCCUCAUAAAGGUUUUUUUUUCUGGUUUGCGUAUGCUCAUCCAUUUAUGCGUGAAAAUAUGAUUGAUGACAUUCUUCAUCUGCACCCCUGGGAAUCACCUCCAUGUCAUUGCUUCAUGAACCCAGUUUGAAUGAAUUCAACCCUGCCAAUAAUAACAUGUAAGUUGUGUUUUCUAAUGGGAAUCUGUAAGUUAAUCAAGUAAUUAGUUAAUUGUGAUGUUAUUAAAUUCUUACAAACAAUGUAA